CCCCGCCGCCGCCGCCGCCGCCGCCCCGGCGCUCGGGGUCACUUUGAGGCGGUGCCAUCGCCAUGUUGAACCAACUGCUGGGGCCGCGCUACGUCCAGCUGCUGCAGAACUGGACCCCCACUAUCCUGACAUGGGGUGGUGUGGCCGGUGUUGGUGUGAUCUGGGCCACAGACUGGAAGCUGGUGUUGCAGUACGUUCCCUACAUCGGCGGCAAGUACAAAACUGAAGACUGAGCUUCCCUCUAAUGGAAUGUUAUUGCUGGAGGGAGUGUUCGGAGCCAUCCGUCCGCUGGGACCCUGCUUGGGGGUGACCCUGAAAUGCCCAAUACAGAUUCUGCAAGUUGUGGGGUGUGUGUCUCUCUCUCCCAUGAACAAACUCAUCUUCACUGACCACUUCCUCUGAGCACUUUCCCAGCACCUCUUGCCUUGAUGGGAGUAAUUUAUAAACCUGGUAUACAAAAUAAACCAAGUGAAUGAUU